GUGCAGUUGUAAAGAAGGCGCUAAAAGAGGCGCAAAGGCGAGUGACCGACCUGCCCUGUGCUUAGCUUCCCAGGACGGUGUUAGCACAGCCAGGAGGAGCAGCUGUUAUCAAGAGAAGCACCAACAAACCUGUGCUUUGGGACCUAUGGCCUUGCGCCCAGGUUGGAGAGCGUUUACAUCAUUUGCCAUGAACCGCUGUAGUGUCCUUCGGAAGGCUGUGAGAAGCAGUGGUUUUCCCUUGCUUCCCUGGGGCCACUGCCCCUGGAGGGGAACUGGAAGCUUUUUGGACCCUGAGAUGAAAGCUUUCCUGGAGGAGAACACUGAAGUCACCAGCCGUGGUAGCCUCACCCCUGAAAUCCAGUUGCGGCUUUUGACCCCCAGAUGCAAGUUCUGGUGGGAGAGAGCUGACCUGUGGCCCCACAGUGAUCCUUACUGGGCAAUCUACUGGCCAGGAGGCCAAGCCUUGUCUAGGUAUCUUUUGGAUAAUCCUGACGUUGUCAGAGGAAAAUCUGUGUUAGAUAUUGGGAGUGGAUGUGGAGCUACAGCUAUCGCUGCUAAGAUGAGUGGAGCUUUAAGGAUCUUGGCCAAUGACAUAGACCCUAUUGCAGGAAUGGCUAUUACACUAAACUGUGAGUUGAACCAACUGAAUCCUUUUCCCAUUUUAACCAAAAACAUACUGGAUUUGGAACAAGAUAAGUGGGACCUUGUUGUGCUUGGAGAUAUGUUUUAUGAUGAAGACCUUGCAGACAGUCUACAUCAAUGGCUGAAAAAUUGCUUUUGGGUCUACAGAACUCGAGUACUUAUUGGUGACCCUGGGCGACCCCAGUUCAGUGGACAUAGCAUUCAGCAUCAACUGCACAAAGUAGCAGAAUAUUCACUUCCAGAGCCUACUAGGCAGGAGAACAAUGGACUGACAACAAGCACGGUGUGGGAUUUUCAGCCUUGAGCUGUUGAAGUACCUCCGAUAUGGAUAUAGCUAUGUUUGUGUUUAACCCUAUAAGACUGUCCAGUUCAAAGAAGGCAACUCGUGUUAAAUGGAAAAUCUUGUUUCCAAAAUAUGAAGGUUAAAGUUUUGUCACCCUUUGUCAUGUAACUUGUUCUGCAGUAAGCCAAAUAUAGAAAUCUCUAUCUGAAAUUUUUUUUCUAGUUUUACUGCUAGAAUAUAAUUAUAGAAGGCAAUAUCCACAUGUAGUUUAAGUAGCUGAGAGGAAUUAGAUAUUUUAGCACAGUCUCUUUCUAUAGUUGAGGACAACUAUGAUGUAUCUUUGAAUUAAACAAAAUAAAAAAUACAGAAGAACACUAUAUUUUAAAAAAUUAUCUGUUAAGAUCAGAGAUGCAGUUGGUAUGGUACAGAAUACAGUAAGUCCCCUACAUACGAACCUUCAAGUUGUGAACUUUCAAAGAUGUUACA